AUGGCACCAGUAACUUUAGACCCUAAGGUUACCGCUGACACAUCACGUUAUAGUGGUGUCCAAAGCAAUUCCGGAUUCGCCUAUGGCGAGAUCACCUUCGGUGAGUACGUGUUCCGCAGAUUGCUCUCGUGUGGUACAAAGUCCGUGUUCGGUGUGCCAGGUGACUUCAACUUGGCCUUGCUGGAGCACUUGUACGACGACUCUGUCGCCGAUGCCCUCAGGUGGGUGGGCAACUGUAACGAGCUGAACGCCGCCUACGCCGCUGACGGUUACUCCCGCUACACCAACAAGAUAGGCUGCUUGAUUACCACUUACGGUGUCGGAGAGCUCAGCGCCUUGAACGGUGUCGCCGGCAGUUUCGCCGAGGACGUCAAAGUGCUGCACAUCGUCGGUGUCGCCAGCUCGCAGACCUCAUGCAAGAACACCGACAACAAGAACGUCCACCACUUGAUCCCAGCAUUGAACGACUCGAACUUCGUGUCCCCAAACCACAAGACUUACUAUGAGAUGGUCAAAGACCGCGUGUGCUGCGCCGCCGAGUACCUGGAGGACAUCGACGUGGCAUGCGAUAUGCUCGACAAGGUCAUAGAGGACAUGUACAGGUACUCCAAGCCGGGCUACCUGUUCAUCCCAGCGGACUUCGCGGACAUGAUGGUGUCCACUCGUAACUUGGUCGCUAGGCCCACCAUCACGCUGGAGCAAGCCAUCGCGCCAUUGGUCGGCUGCGGCGAGUCCCAGCUGGAGGCCAUCGUCGCCAAAGUAGCACAGCUCAUCUACAACAGCUCCAACCCUUGUAUCCUGGGUGACGUGUUGACCGACAGGUACGGGGUCUCCCAGCAGCUGAACAGCCUGAUCAGCCACUGUCAGAUGUGGAACUUCUCCACCGUGAUGGGCAAGUCUGUGAUAGACGAGAGCAACCCUUACUACAAAGGCCUGUACAACGGUAGGGAGUGCUCUUCCUCGGUCAUCGAGGACUUCAGCAAGUGCGACUUGAUCCUGCACUUCGGUAUCGAGCGUAACGAGAUCAACAACGGCCAUUACACAAUUGACUACAACGAGCACAUCGGUGCCAACGUCGUAGAGUUCCACAGCGACUACAUCAGAUUCUUCAACUCAAAGACCAAAGAAGAAGACAUGAUCCGCGGUGUCAACUUCGUCCACGUCUUGAACAGGCUGCAACCAGCCAUCCAGGCCGACAAGUUGUCCUUCAACUACCAAGAGUGCUCCACAACCAGCAACGCGGACUCUAAAAUUGACUCCCAGUCUUCCAAUGAGAUCACCCAGGAGUUCUUGCAAGACAUCAUGCCACAGUACUUGAACCCCGGUGACGUCCUUGUCUGUGAGACCGGCUCCGUUCAAUUCGGUGUCCGUGAUUACAGGUUCCCAUCCAACGUCAAGUACGUCUCCCAGGGAUUCUACCUGUCCAUCGGUAUGGCUUUGCCGGCCUCCCUCGGUGUCGGUAUCGGUAUGCAAGACUACCCUAUGUCCCACAUCCCUAACCCUGAGGAGAUCGAAUAUGAACCAAAGUUGAUCCUGUUCGAAGGUGACGGCUCUGCACAAAUGACCAUCCAGGAAUUGAGCACAAUGUUGCACAACAACGUCAAGAUGGAGAUCUUCCUGUGGAACAACGACGGUUACACCAUCGAGAGAGCCAUCAAGGGUCCAACCAGAUCAUACAAUGACAUCGCCCCAUGGAACUGGACCAAGAUGUUCGAAGCAUUCGGAGACGGACUGGGCUCUAAGCACAAGACCAGAAACCAGGUAUACUCGACCAGAGAAGAGUUCUUGACUAGAUUGAGGGAAAAGAAAGACACCAAACACAAUGACCCAGCAUGCCAAAUCGAGCUGUUGGAAGUCAAGAUGGGCGUGCUGGACUUCCCAGAACAACUGAAAUGCAUGGUCAGCGCUGCCAUGUACAACAAGAAGAAGGAACAAAGCAUGAGCAAUUAG